GUUUCUAACCUUAUAUCAGCACGGGCCCCAGAGGUAUGGCGCCCCAACACCUGGGUGCCUGGACAGGACCAGAGACAGGUGACUAGCCACGUGAGCAGCUCCUCCUCCUACCCGAGUGUCUCCCAAGUUCAAGGAAACUACUCAAAGACGGGUGGACAACAUGCAGCUAGAACUGCUCCUCAGGUUUCUGGAAAGAGUUACCAGGGCAGCUCGCAGAAUGAAGGCCAAAGCUACAACAUCAAAACAAACCGUAAGCAGGAGAAACUGCACGCAUUUGGUCCCGCAGCUGAGAUUCGCCCGGAGAUUGGUUACCCGGACAACCGAUACUCCCAGCCUGAACACUACCGGCAUGCUGCUGCUGUGUACGACGAGCUCACCUCUCCCGAUCCAUUGGGAAUGAGACAAGAAGAUCUGAAAUCCUUCAGAGGUCGAGGUGGACGUUUGUUCGAGAGACGGAAGAAGAGAUCGGACAAGUUCAUCAUUGAUGACACCACUGUCAAAGCUUUGGCGCCCUCUGCUAAACUGGAGGCUAUGCUGUCACAGACUCCUCGCAAAGAGAUCACCCCAUGGCAGGCGGCAGAGGCUUAUGGUGGGAAUGUAGAGAGCGCCUUUUCUAAUCUUUCGGAGUGGGAGACCGCUCAAAGACAACCAGUGAACAGAAACCCACCUCACUUAACGCAACAACGUACGGCUUUUCGCUCGACACUUACAAGGGACGAAUCGCCGAGUCUUGCGAAGAGCGCCAAUUUCAACCGUACUGCGAGAGGCUGGUCAGUAGACAGGGAAACAAGAUUUGACGACAAGUUGCGCCACAUUUCUCAACCACGACAACCAUUUGCCAUAGAGACGGCCCGGAAUGAGCCCCAUUCUUACACUCAAGCUGCCCGCCAAAAUCUGAAAACCUGGCAAACGGCCCAGGAGGAGCCCCAUUCGUAUAGACAAGAUUCCCACAAGCUGAAGACCUGGCUAACAACACAGGAAGAACCCGAUUCUUAUAGUCAAGACUACAACAAGAAGCUGAAGACCUGGCAGACAACCCAGGAAGAUCCUGAUUCUUAUAGACAAGACUUCAACAACAAGCUGAAAACCUGGCAGACAACCCAGGAAGAACCAGAUUCUUAUAGACAAGACUUCAACAACAAGCUGAAAACCUGGCAGACAACCCAGGAAGAACCAGAUUCUUAUAGACAAGACUUCAACAACAAGCGAAAACCCAGGCAGACGGUUCAGGACGAACACGAUACUUAUAGACAAGACUUCAACAAGCUGAAAACCAGGCAAAAGGUCCGGGACGAGCCAGAUUCAUAUAGACAAGAUUCACACAACAAGCUUACGACCUGGCAGACGGUCCAGCAAGAAUCUGAUUCUUAUAGGCCAGAUGCCCAGAACCAGAUGAAGACAUGGGAGACAACCCAUGACGAACCCGAUUCUUAUAGAGAACACUUCAACAACAAGAUGAAAACCUGGCAGAACAUUACAGAAUCAGCUUUGGCCGAUAACUCUGCCCAAAACUGGCCAGUCCGUCAACGGGACAACAGGGAAAACUACUAUUCAACGGGAAGACGAGGUCAGUGGAGCAGAACCGCGAGGGAGGAGAAAGCUCAUCCUAGUAACUGGCCCUCAGCCACUCAUCAAGUUCCUCUGUCUAGAAGCUGGCACUCAGGAAGCCAAAUCUCUCCUGGAUAUGGCAAUGACAUCGACUGGAGUGGGUAUUAUAAUUCUCCUGUGGCCUACAGGCAGCCAAUCAUUCCAGGAACAGACCUGUAG